AUGGAGAACAUUACUACUACCUUGCCGGAGCUAGACGGCAUCGACAGCAAUGAUAUUGCUGUUUGUGGCUUUUCAUUGAAGUUUCCACAAGAUGCAACUACUCCAGAAGCCCUAUGGGAUAUGAUGCUGAAACGACAUUGUGCAAUGACCGAGUUUCCAGCUGAUCGUGUCAAUAUCGAUGGUUUCUACGAUGAGCGAUCACGGCCAAACACUAUGCCGCUUAAAGGUGGUCACUUUCUCAAAGGCGAUCUUGCCGAAUUUGAUGCCGGCUUCUUCUCUAUUGCGCCUACUGAAGCAGCGUCCAUGGAUCCCAUGCAAAGACUGUUACUAGAAGCCUCCUAUCAUGCGUUAGAAAACGCCGGUAUCCCUAUGGAGCAUGUCAACGGCUCACCGACAGCCGUUUACUGCGGCUCAUUUGGAAUGGACUACAUGUUGCAACUUGUUCGCAGCGCCGAAGUUCCUCCACAAUAUGCAGCACUAGGAUUCGGUCUUAGCAUGCUUGCCAACAGAAUCAGCUGGUUCUUCAACUUUCGCGGGCCAAGUAUGGCCGUCGAUUCUGCAUGUUCUAGUUCCGCUAUGGCCUUGGACACAGCCUGCGCGGCACUGAAAAACGGCAAUUGCUCCAUGGCAUUGGUUGCUGGCUCCAAUAUGGCCAGUGCGCCUGAGCCAUACGUUUGGAUGUCCAAUGUCAAGUUCUUGUCACCAGAUAGCCGCUGCUAUUCCUUUGAUGAAAGAGCCAAUGGAUAUGCUAGAGGUGAGGGCCUCGCUGUUACCGUUCUCAAGAGAGUAUCAGAUGCCGUGAGAGACGGUAACACUAUCCGCGCUGUCAUUCGCGCGACAGCUUGCAAUGAAGACGGUCGCACUCCUGGCAUCACACAACCAAACCAUAAGGCUCAAAAUGAGCUCAUCAAGAGAACAUAUGAGCAGGCCUGUCUUUCGAUGGAGCACACGAGGUUCUUUGAGGCUCAUGGAACUGGAACGCCUGCUGGAGACCCUCGCGAGGCUCAAGCAAUUGGCAUGGCUUUCAUGCAGCAUCGCUCAACCGACGAUCCUAUUCAUGUCGGUGCUAUCAAGUCAAACGUUGGCCAUUUGGAAGGUGCCAGUGGACUGGCUGGCUUGAUCAAGGCUGUUCUCGUCUUGGAGAAGGGAAUUAUCCCUCCCAAUGCCAACUUUCAAAAAGUGAAUCCCAAGAUUGACGUUGACUAUCUAAAUAUUUCUUUCCCACAAAAGGCACGUCCUUGGCCAACAAAUGGUCUCCGCCGAGCCUCUGUCAAUUCAUUUGGAUAUGGAGGUGCGAAUGCACACAUCGUCAUUGACGAUGCUUAUAACUAUCUGCGGAUUCGUGGCCUCAACGGCAAACAUGAUACGGUGAAGCUUCCACCCCAGCUACGGGAACAGUCCAAUAUGAUGGCAUUGACUCCUGCCCCGACGCCGCCACGACAAGAUGAAGUACAGAGACUCUUUGUGUGGUCUGCAUCCGACAAGGACUGUAUUGGCAGAAUUCUUGAGCAGUAUAGCACGAGAAACUCUGCUAUCAAGCAGCUGUUACAGAAAUAUCAGCAAAUACGGCAGCAGGGUGAUAAAGAGUCCAUCGCUGCUACAGAUGAUAUUACAAAUCUGAUGGCCAAUGUGGCGUACACAUUAGACACACACCGAAGUCAUUUGCAAUGGAGAUCAUUUGCAUUGAUGAACACUAUUGAAGAUUUCGAAAACAUAUCCUCGCUCAUGUCAACACCAGUUCAAGUUCCCGCGCAUGCCGGCUCGCCACCACGUAUUGGCUUUGUCUUCAGCGGACAAGGAGCGCAGUGGAAGGGCAUGGGACGCGAAUUAACUUGCUACGAGAGUUUUAGAGUAGAGUUGGGGCAGGCUGACGCUUAUCUGCGAAGCCUAGGAUGCGUCUGGUCUGUUGUUAACCACAUACUGUACCCAGAAUCUUCCAACAACAUUGACAAUCCGGAGCUUAGCCAGUCGCUGUGCACUAUUCUGCAAGUUGCUUUGGUUAACUUACUCCGGCAAUUUGGAGUCAGACCCGCUGCCGUUGUUGGACAUUCAUCUGGUGAGAUUGCUGCAGCAUACGCCAGCGGUCACAUUCCAUUGAAGUUAGCCUGGAGAUUGGCAUACUUUAGAGGGAUUUGUUCGUCCAAACUGGAUCGUGAUGGACAUUUAGCCGAUUCCGGGGAGCGCGUCUCUGGUGCCAUGAUGGCUGUGGCAUUAUCUGAGGCUUCUGGAGAAGAGCUCCUCUCCGCUCAUAGCCAUGUUGUUUCAAGCGUCUCCAUCGCUUGUAUAAAUAGCCCCCAGAGCAUUACUCUCUCAGGAGAUGAGGCUGCCAUUGACUACCUCCAGCGUGUUCUGGAGGAAGAGAAGAUCUUCGCCCGUAAGCUUCGUGUCAGAGUUGCCUAUCACUCGAGACAUAUGGAUAGCAUUGCAGCUGAUUAUUUGUGCAUGAUCAACGCAUAUGCGGAUGCCAACGACACAGUGCCCUUCUCAUCUGACAUUCCAAUGGUAUCCAGCGUAACUGGCAAAGUCAUUAGCGACGCCUCCGUUGCAGAGGCGUCAUACUGGGCAUCUAACAUGGCAUCGCCAGUGCAGUUUUCUCAAGCUGUGUCGGUCAUGUGCCGCCAAGGCGCCAAAGAUGUGACAAAGAAGCUCGACCAAAGUCAUCUGUUGGUCCCAGCAGUAGACCAACUUCUCGAAAUUGGUCCUCACGCUACCUUAAAAUCUUCGCUACGGGAGAUUCUGGACACUGGCUCUCGUGGACAGCUUGGGUACAAUGCCGUACUUUUCCGAAAGAAGAGCGCCGUGGAUACACUUCUGAGAACCCUUGGCCAGCUGCACUGCGUAGGAGUGAAUCUCCAAUUCAGAGCCAUCAACGAGCCUUCAGACAGCCUGAUAAGUCGGAAGAUGUUGACAACUCUUCCAGAGUAUCCUUUCGAUCAUUCACAGCGAUACUGGCACGAUAGCCGCCUAAGUCGCAGCUACAAGCUGAGAUCUAAGCGACCGUCCUAUUUCCAUGGGACCAGAUCAAUUGAUUGGAAUCGCUCAGAUGCCCGUUGGAACUGGAAGAUGGACUUGUCGGAGAUGCCCUGGGUUGAACAUCAUGUUGUUAAUGGCAUGACGUUGUAUCCUGCAACAGGAAUGCUUGUCAUGGCCCUAGAAGCAGGGAAAGAACUGUGUGAGGAGGAAGGGAAUAUGUUAAAUGGAUUCACCUUUGAAGAUGUUCACUUCAAGGCUCCCAUCAACUUCACGGCCUCCAAUGAUGGACCAGAAGCUCAAGUCUCUCUUCGGAAGCAGCCAACAAAAGACCUUUCUUCAGCAUCCAAAUUUUCAUUCAUUAUUCGCACUUUUGACAACGAGGAUUGGUCUGAAAACUGUCAAGGACACAUGACCAUCCAUCAUCGAGGCAAGGAAGAGGGAUGGCUAUCCGAUCAUGAAGCGCGACAGCAGAGCAACAUGGCCAAGACCAUUGUCGACCAUGCGAACACAUGCAACCAGAAGAUUUCAUCAAACCAAAUGUACGAAUAUCUCAAAGAAAUGGGAUAUGAAUACGGACCCAUCUUUGCUCGAUGCGAUGAUCAGCGUAUUCACUCUACUCUGAAGUAUGCUACGGCCACGACUAGUCUUUACCAUGCGCCUGAUCAAGAACACGUUGUUCAUCCCGCGUCUCUUGACGCCAUCCUCCAUCUUGCCUUCACGGCUCUGACGUCGGGUGGUACUUCAUCCAUGGCAACAAGUGUGCCGUCGCGGAUCGGUCGACUCUGGUUUUCUGCAUCAGGGCUGAGAUCUCUGGAGGCCAACCAUCUGACCUGCCUGUCAAAAAUUACAUCAGUUACCAACAAUGGGUUUCUCGUUGCGGGAGGCUCGGUGUCCGCUGACAAUGACAAUAACCUACGAGUAUGGUUUGAAGACUUUGAACUGACCAACAUUACCUCAACACCUUCUUCGCUCGCUCUCGUUCCAGAUCCGAAACAGUUCUGUAUGAAUGUUGAGCAAAGGCUGGCUGUAGACAAGCUUGAAAACUUCCAGCUUUCCGAGUAUCUGCAUAGGGUUCACCCAGAACAUGGAGAUCUGACGGCAUUUUACGACGAUGUGACCUUGCUUAUCAACCACUCUGUACAGGUGCUUCUAGCAUCUGUUGACCCUGGCGCCAUUACGACAGAUCCUGGCAAGGGUGAUUGGAAGCAACGCUACUGGCAAUGGGCAAUUUACCACGUUAUGGAGGGUCGCCUCGGCGCAUCGCCCGCGCACACUGAGAGCAUUGUCACUGUCCGUGAUCGAGUCAAGUCUGCGAACAAAGUGGGACGUCUCUACGCCGAAGUGACUUUGCAUCUUGUCGAAUUCUUCAAGGGCAUUGCAACGCCUUUAGACCUUCUCAUGCAGACAGGGCUUCUCAGAGAGUACUACGAUGAGUUGAUGACCUACAGAUGCAUGAAGCAAGCAACAACAUUUGUUGAUCUGCUCGCUCACCAAAAUGGCGGCAUGAGAAUCUUGGAAGUGGGUGGAGGCACUGCAGCUGCAACUCGCCAUCUGAUUAAAGCACUGUCUAUGAAUGGCCCUCCUGGCAUGACAGAAUCGUCCAACUCAUCUGGGUCCCUUCGGUGCGACCAGUACUGCUUCACAGACGUGUCGUCAACAUUUUUGGAAAAGGCUCGAGAUGAGUUCUCCGAUUACGAAUCUCAAAUGGCGUUCCAAACCCUUGACAUCGAGAAGGACUUUUCCGAGCAGGGAGUUUCCGACGGGACAUAUGAUGUUGUCGUGGCAGAUGCCGUGCUUCACAUUACUGCCGAUCUAGAAAAUACGUUCCGCAACGUCAGAAAAACAAUGAAGACUGGUGGCAAAUUGAUUCUGACAGAGUUUCUCCAGCCUGAUGGUUGGGCGCUUGGCUUUAUCUUUGGUCUUUUCCCUGGAUGGUGGGUUGGACCAGAGGCUGAUCGUCCGCUGUCACCGCUGUUGAGCGCGGAAGGCUGGGGCAAGAUUCUACAAAAUUGUGGCUUUUCAGGCGUUGACAUGGUGUUCAAGGAUUUUGACGGCCCAGCUCAUCAGCUGGGUUGUGUUAUUUCUACCGCUGUGGACGUGCCGUCAUCCGUCCCGCGAAGUCUUGCACCGCCAACAUAUCAUAGUGGUACCAUUGUCAAACUGAAUGCUUCUUCUCGACAGCAAUCUCUUGCCGCAUCUCUUGCUACAUCCUUGCAAGGCAUGUUUAUCGAGCCUAUUGAAGUCGUGGACGCGAACAUGCUUGCAGCAUCGACGGAUCUCACUCUCAAUGAGCGAAAAAGAUUGGGCGAUUUUGAGGCUCCUUGCCCAGACGUGGCCUGGCAUUCUAUGGGUGUCGGGAGGGGAGGAGAUGCAGCAGCACCAGAAUAUGGGCUGAUUGAUGGUCUUUCAAGAACGUUGCGAGCCGAAAACUAUAGUCUCCAUCUCGUCUCUGUUGCCCUCGAUAUGAAUCGCGACAGCAGCGCUGGCCACAUACAUCAUCUCGAGCAGGUUGCACAGGAGAUGGUGUCUCGAAAGCCAUCUGAGAAAUAUGAACAAGAGUACAUUGAGGUAGAUGGCUGCUUACAUACUCGCCGUCUUGUUGAGGCGAGAUACCUGAAAUCUCAUAUGGAAUCCAACAUCUUGCCCUGGAAAAUGACCUCUACCAAUGUCAUGGAUGCGACUUUUGAAUUAUCAGCAGCUUGCCCUGAAGACAACAAUGGAAUUCCGUACCUGGUCCAGAUGCCGACACCAGUGGUUGACAAGGCUUUGUCAAUGAACGUCCGAGCUAUCUCGCUUCAAUAUCAAGACCAGUUAGCCGCCCGAGGGUUGUGUGCAAAAGGCACUCAGCUUGGCAACUUCUGCAGUGGAAUCAUAACAGACACAUUAUUUGGAACCUGUUUCGCGCAAGAGGAUAGGGUCUUUGCUGUGCACAAGAACUGUUUCCGCUCCAUUACUGCUGUUCAGCCAUCGUCCGCCGUUAAGCUACCAGAUGAUUUAUCGUUUGAAGACGCUUGCUGGGCUAUCCCUCCGCUCUUGACAGCUCAUCAUGGUCUGUUGGAUAUAGGUCGGAUCCGAAGCAGCGAUUGUGUUUUGGUUAUGGAUGGUUGCAGCAUUCUGGGGCAAGCCGCCGUAGGCUUGCUUUUAAAUGAGGGUGUUGCGGAAAUAUGGUUGACAGCAGACAGCCGUGAAGAUUGUCAGUGGGCUUCUGAGAGAUUCAAUAUCCCAGAACAACAUAUCCUACCAACGUCUGCUGUGGGAAACGCCUUUUCCUCGACAUGGUCAGAGCUUCAGCCCAAGUUUGAUAUUGUGUUCGCCACCACCUCGGUCGCCAAGGGAUUGGGAGAGCAGACUUUCAAAGGGAUGAUGCGAAAUAAUGGGCAAGUGGUGCUCGUUUCCAAUGACGCUUCCCAAUCUGCAUUCCACUUUGGCUCCUCUUCUCUUCACGUCUCUUUCCUGGCUAGCGACGAGACUCACGUGUCGCGGGAGUCUCUGGAAUAUGCCGUUUCUACACCCAUCUUGCAGUCGCUUCUAGAUGCACGAAGCCGGGUCUCGAUGUUUUCAAUCUCCCAACUGGACAAUUUAAUCUCGUUUUUGAAACAAACUACCAGUUCGGAUACUGCUGUAGUGCAACUGGGCGAGUCAGAUACGGUCAACCUCUUCCAGGUUCGCAUUACGCGGAAGAAGAUGGAUUAUAUUGACUCAAAUGCGACAUACAUCAUCUCAGGAGGUCUUGGAGGCGUCGGCCGAUCCAUAGCAAGAUGGCUGGCCGAUAAUGGCGCUAGACAUCUUGUUCUGUUAUCAAGAUCCGGUCCCAAGACAAAGGAGGCGCAGUCUUUGGCAUUGGAAUUGCAAGAUCGUGGUGUCGAAUGCGAAAUGCCCGCCUGUGAUGUUACGAAUCCCAGUGCAUUGCGAGCGCUACUCGACAACUUUUCAGCAACCAUGCCACCAGUCAAGGGAUGUAUUCAAGCCGCCAUGGUCAUGGAGGAGGGCAUAUUCUCCGAACUAUCACUCUCUAGUUGGAAAGGUACUUUACAGCCAAAGCUACAAGGAUCCUGGAAUCUCCAUGCCAUGCUUCCAUCCGACAUGGACUUCUUCAUCAUGCUAUCGUCCGUCAUGGGCACUUUGGGCACCGGAUCUCUAGCACCAUACAAUGCCGGAAACACUUAUCAAGAUGCUCUGGCACGCUAUCGAGUCUCACAAGGCCAGCGAGCCAUCUCGUUCAACCUCGGCGCUGUACCUGACGCAGGCUACCUCGUCUCAAAUGCCGAGUACGCAACCGGACGACGACAAAUUCACGAAACAGCUAAAUACACGCCUACAUAUAUCCGCGAUAUUGUUGCUCUGCUCGAGAUCUUCUGUGAUCCAUCCAACAAAUUGGCUAUGCACCCAAGCACCUGCCAUCCCAUUGUCGGCCUUCGUCCACCAUCUCACUGGGGCCACCUUGAAGAAGUCUCGUUUGUGUUGAGCCAGCCGUUCUGGAAGCACAUGCAUCAUAUUCCAUUGCCGGCUGGCGAGGCUGAGGAUGUUGACAAUUCCCGCGGUACAAAGCCUGGCAAGCAAGCUAAAGAUGUUGUUGCUAAAUUGGCGGCCGCCACGUCAGUCAAUGAGAGCACUGAGCUCGUUAGUGAAGCACUCGCUGCCCGCAUCACGGCGCUGUUGGGCGUGGCAGAGGGUCAUUUGGAUUUACAUCGGCCCAUGCAUUCGUAUGGUCUGGACUCGCUAUCUGCCAUUGAGGUGCGUAACUGGAUUGGCAAGACAUUUAGCGUUGAUGUGCCUGUUUUUAUGAUUUUAGGGGGUAUCACUUUUGAAGGCGCUGCUGCUACUAUUGUUCAUCAGUUUCAAUCACUGAAGUAG